UGCCUUGUCUUACAAGAAACUAGAUUUUUGUCUCGGGGUGAAUCUACGAUCUGAUCUCCGAGCACAGACAAAUUAACAGAGACAUGGGAGGUGCAGUGACGAAAUCUGAAACUCUGCAAAAAGAAUGGGUUCCAGAGACAAAGUUGGAGGCUAAGAUCAUAGAAGCCGUGCAACGCAGGGCAUCGAGAGGCACCACAAUGAAAUCUUUCAACAGUAUUGUUCUCAAGUUCCCAAAGAUCGAUGAUGGUCUUCGAAACUGCAAAGCCAUUUUCCAAGAAUUCGAUGAGGAUUCAAACGGGUCAAUAGAUCACACAGAGCUAAAGAAUUGUAUCAGGAAGCUAGAGAUCUCAUUCGAUGAAGAAGAGAUAAAUGAUUUGUUCAAGGCUUGUGAUAUUAACGAGGAUAUGGGAAUUACAUUUACAGAGUUCAUUGUUCUUCUGUGCCUAGUCUAUCUUCUUAAGGACGAUUCAUCCACUCUCCAAAAGAAAUGGACGAUGGGAAUGCCGAAGCUGGAACCGACAUUCGAGACUCUUGUGGACACAUUUGUGUUCCUGGACGAGAACAAGGAUGGGUACGUUAGCCGCGAGGAGAUGGUCCGAGCCAUUGAUGAAUCUGGAGAACGAUCCUCCGGGCGGAUUGCAAUGAAGAGAUUUGAGGAAAUGGACUGGGACAAGAACGGAAUGGUGAACUUCAAAGAGUUUCUGUUUGCAUUUACGCAGUGGGUUGGGAUAGAUGAGAAUGAAGACGAAGAAGACAACAAUGAGAAGGCUUGAAUGUUAUGAGUUUCUAAGUCUAUAUAUAUGUUUUGUGUUUGCAGAAUGUAGUAGUAUCAAAACUCAAAAGAUAUUAGUUAAUGUUUAUGUUAACGCAAACAGAAUAAUUCAUACCAAACACAAAACCAUGAUGUUUUACCCAAAAACUGGCUUUAAGCAACAAAGUGCAACAAAGCUU